CUUCACCUUUACAGUAGAAGGAGCAGAGCGAAAUGAAGGAAGUCGAGAGUACAGCCGGAUCCGAGUUUGUCGGUAAGCGCUCCGGUCCUUAAUUGUCCCGACAUUCCCGGAUCGACAUGUGAAUAUUGGACCGCACGUCGUUAAAACAACGGAACCGGGUCCAAUGGGCAGACGAGGCGUGUUCACGUGCGCAGUCGUCGCGCUCCACUUGCUCGUUCUCGUGCGCGCUCUCGAGACCCAUCGACAAGAUGCACUCGUGGUGAAAGAGAAAUGGUCCAGUGUCGACGAUAAGCGGACCUUGCCGCGGAUAAACCUCUCGUUUGUCAGAGGCUACGAUGCAUGUGUGCGUCUGCGUCUGCGAAUAAAUCCCCUGUCAGCCAAUAAAACCCUACGGAUCGAGUUCAGCGAUUUAGCAAAUCAAAACCGCACUCUAUUGAUCUGGAGGGGUCGUCAUGGCAACAAUACCGUACAGUGGAAAGAGGUGUUUGAUGAAUAUAGUAGAAAAGUUCAAAUAAGAACUCUCUGUUCCAUCAAUAAAACUCUGGAUGCCCGAAGUGAACUUGUGUGGGAGUUGCGGUAUGACUGUUUAAUGACCCCUGCAGGAAAUACCAUUCAUGUGACCGUGUAUGACUUCAACCAAACACUCAUUGAAGGCAGUUACAAUGUAAAACGCCCACCACAAGUCAGAUCCAGAUCCUUGCAACCAGAAGACGAAGUGCCAGUGUUUCAAGUAACAGUAGAUGUCUUUGCAAAACAGUUUAUUGUUACCAUGGAUCCAGGACAAAUCAUGAAUUUAAAGUUAUGCUAUGAAAACAAAGGAUUUUGUAAAGGAAUUCAGAACAAAUCCUAUAAGAUCAAUACUGAUCUUAAUCACACAGUAACUUUAAACAUUCCUGAAUUGGUUCCUUGUGUAUGCGUGCAGACAUAUUACAACUUCGUCGACGCCAGAAGAAACACAAACUGCCCAUUAAAAGACAGAAUCCUGCCAGGAGGUGGAGAAGUGUUGUACAGCAGCUCACUGAAGCUCUACGGUACCUCUGUUCUUAAAUGGACGCAUCCAUGCCCCUUAAUCCAGUUCAAACCUGACGUCUCUCUCUGCUGGCAACAUGCUGUAAACCACUCGCAGUGUUCUUCAGUGCAAAACUCCACUCUGUACAUGAGUGACCAGGAAUUCAGCGUGUCUGAUGUAGACAAGCACGCCCACAUGUGUUUGAAGUUUUUGCUGAACGAAAGCCAACAUGUCUUCUGCCCCUUUAACUCGGGUGAUUUAUCUGAAUGGGAAUGUGCAGUCGUUCCUGGACCUUGGCGUCUGUAUGUACAACUGUCCUCCAGUAUCCCAGCAUCCUUUGCUGCCCAGCUGUGUGUGAAAGAAGGUGAAGCAUGUGUCACAAAAGAAAAUGUGCACACAGUUCACAUGGACGAAGGUGCUGAAGAUGUAGAGCUGAUUGUGCCUCUUCCCUUUUUCAAUUCUGGACUGUGUGUGCAGGUGUGGAGGUCUGAGCCUGCUCUCCGUGGAAGGAGGAUCAUAUGUCCUGAUUAUACUCACAGAAGAUGGGGUCUUAUUGUUGCGGCUUCAUUGACGCUCCUGACUGCUAUAACAGCACUGGGCAUCCUCACUUACAAUUUGGUCAAACGGCAGACGUCAGUAUGGCGCGCUGCCGAGAGAAAGCCAGUUUUGCUGGUCUGCUCCUCUGACGAAACGAGUCACGUUUCGGCCGUGUGCGCUCUAGCAAGCGGCCUGCAGGAGGAGCUGCGCAUGGACGUGCGUCUGGCACAGUGGGCGCACUGCAGCAGUCAGACCUCUCUGGCCCAACUCGGCCCUGUCCCCUGGCUCUUCGGCCAGUGCCAGCAUGUACACAGUGUAGGUGGCAUGGUGCUCAUAGCCUGGAGCUCUAAAGCCCAACAGACAUUCCUCAGAUGGAGGGAGAGAGAAAGUGGAGGAAAAGCCGAUAAGGACCAGAAGGAUAGAGUGCUGCUAGAAGAAUGGCAAGAUAAAGAGGGACAACAAUGGGCAGAGAACCACUCCUCAAUUACCGCUCCAGUGUUUAACGCCAGCCUCAUAAGUAUGUGGGCGGGCCUCCAGAGCGAAAGGCACGGUCAAGGCUUUGGUCUUGUGUGUUUUCGAGGGUUAAGGGGAACACGGUGUAUUCCAAAGCAGCUCAGAGGCAUUCAGAGAUAUUGCCUUCCUAGAGAUCUCUCAAACCUGAUCCACGAACUGGACGUGAACGUCCACAGGCCGGGAAGCAGGGUCCAAAAAGCGAGUAGUUGGUGCUGCUGGCCACGCCUUUUCUCCAAAGGCCUGUCUUUCUGGUUGUCGCAGAGGCUCGCUCGGAGACUGGACGCAUUGCUUCCUCAGGCAGCAGACAGGAAACGUCAUCAAAAAUUGGCCGGCGAAAAGACGUUAACGAAAAGGUUAGAAAAGAAGAAACAAAGACAGAAAGAUUCACUUUGAAAGCUUAAAUCCUUAGCUCCUUCCUGUUACCAAAAUGUGACUUUUCAAUAAAGCUCUAAACCUCAGGGACAAUUUAUUUUGCCUCCAUCAUGCAUUUCUCCAAAUUGUAUAUAAAUGGUGUAGAUAAAAAGUAAAAAUGUUAUAUUGUUGUGCUGUAUUCAGUUUUGCACCAGGUUUAAUCUAUGACCUCAUCUUUUUUUGUGAAAUGACCACAUGACCACUCAGAACUGAAACUAUGGUCUUUCCAAUUGAUUUCAAUUGACCCAUCACUGAAACAUCACUUUGUGGUACACAAUCCCUAACUUGCACAGAAUCCUCUUGCAUACAGUAUGAACUGAUCUUCAUUUGUAUGCACUGAUAUUUUUUGACAGUAUUAUUUGUAAGUAUUUCACAGCAGGAAAUUUGUAGAGACUGUACUCAGCCAUUGCACAUGGACCUUAGCGUUUAACUGCUGGGCUGUGUGUUUAGAUAACGCAUUUAAUGUCAUGUAUUGUAAUGUAAUAAAAAUCAAGCAAUAAAGACUGAAAUUUUUUGUAUUUCUCUUGCGUGGAUAAAAUCCUGCAUGAGUUUACUGCUAAUAAUACAUACAGUAUAUGCCAUUUGGAUUUUGUAUAUUGUUAUGCAUCUAAGAGGUUUUUAUAUGAAUGUGUAUACCAAUCUAUUAAAGCAAACCUGCUUCAGAA